GUUCGUCUUGGGUGGGGAAGAAAGCGCCCCCUGAACCUUGGGUGACACCACAGGAGGGCGCCCUAUCUUGUUACUUCGCUUCGGGGAAUUCUUCUAAAAAUAAACUAUUUGUAUACUUAGCAGGAUACUAUUAUGUAGUUUAGCCAGAUAAAUCUUAAGCCAUAUGACAAAAAUGUGGAUAUUAGCUGCAAUAGCAGCAGCGUUUUCAAACGAAGAGCUCGUGUAAACUCUAUGGAAAUCGCAUCAGAAUUUGCAAUGUCUAACAGAAGCAUUAUCAUGAUUACAGCUGGUUGUAUAGAGAAUCUACUGCAUAAAAAAAAUUACCAAGAUAUUGGCAGUCAUCUUGAAUAUCUUGAAACUGUUGAUAUGACUAUAAAUAAUCUCCAAGAGACUGAUAUUGCCAAAGCUGUUUUCCAAAUCCUCAAGAACUGUCCCUCUGUAGUACUGAAAAACAAAUCUAAGCAUUUAUUGUCAAAAUGGAAAACACUUUAUAAAAAAUACCAAUCAAUGCAUAUUAAACCAGGACUCAGUAAUAUGGAAGUAUCUUUUAAGAAUGAUCAGAUAGUCUUGAAGAAUAGAAACUUCUGUGAAAAAGGUCAGCUUGAAAAAGUAAAUUCUGUCAGUUCCAACAAUUGCCUGCCAUCAGAAAAGAGUUCAAAAGCUGUUAGAAGUAAUGUGCAAGAGGAUUAUGCAGUUCAAUCAGAACAUCUGAGAGUCUCAUGCUUGGAUAGCAAAAUAAACCCAUCUGAGGAUCCCAUUACAUCUCUAAGGUCUAAAUGCGUAGAACUUCUUAACAAAGCUUUGCAUGACUCUUCAACAAGCAAUGAACAAAAUGAAAAGCACCACAAACUAGCAGAAGAAAUUGAACAGCACAUUUUUGCAAUGUAUGUAAAAAAUAAUCGAAAAUACAAAAACUGUAUCAGGAGCAAAGUUUUAAACCUGAAAAAUCCUAAAAAUUUUCAAUUAAAGACUAACUUGCUUUCAGGGGCUCUUAAUCCCAAAACAUUUGCUGAUAUGUCUGUGAUGGAAAUGGCACAUGAUGAACUGAAAGAGCUCAGGACUUCAUUUACAGAGUCAUCUGUUCUGGAACAUCAGCUCCCCCAAAAUAUCAGUGGUACACAUACAAGCAAAAUAAAAUGUAAGCGCUGUGAAAAAUAUGAUUGCACUAUUACUGUCAUUGCAAGGGGAGCCCUUUUCCUUCCUGGUUGGGUGCAGAAUACAAAUCCAGAUGAACAAAUGAUGACUUAUGUGAUUUGUAAUAAAUGUGGAGAGCAGUGGUACCAUAGCAGAUGGAUCUGUUUAUGAUUACUUAGAAGUAAAUAUAAAAUAUGAAGGUAACCCAGAGCAAAUAUUUGAAUGUGGAAGUAGUGAAAAUGCUUAAAUGGUUUUGUACUGUAAUAAAAUGUGGAUGUGAAUUAUUGAACAAAUGAUUAUAAAAUAUUGGAAAUUGUUUAGAAAGCAGAGUAUUACUCAGGCCAGUUCGUAAUAACAAAUCAGCAUUACUAUAGUAUCAAUAUCAUGCAACUUACAGAUAAUAGGAUAUUUUAAAAGCAUUAUUAAGCUAGUAACUUUUUACAUUCAUCUGAAGACUUAAAUUGUAGUUGUUAAAUCUCUAGGAAUGAAGUUUCCUGAUUAUUAUUCUUGAAAUUCUUUGAUCUUUGGUAGUUCUCAUGAGAGGACCCAAGAGACGUCAUGAGGUGUCCUUGAUAAUAAAGAUCUCUCUCCCUCCUGCCUUCCCUCACUCCCUCUCUUUCACACUCACACACACACACACGGGAUGUCCUUGAUAUGAAGGCAGUGUAUUUUUUUGAAAUGUGCAUAGUUGAUCUGUAUGAUUUCAGUUCAAGUUGAGGGCAAAUUUAUUUAUUUAGCGUAUGGCAAAUACAUGGACUUAUAGUUGUUUAUCCAUUGCCAUGUAUAUAGAGAGCCAGGAGUUUUACAAAGAUGUCUGGCUGCCAACUGUCGUUAACAGCCAAUUCUUCAAUGUAGUUUGGCUGCCAAUUGUUGCUAGUCGUUUGGUUCACACUACCAUGCUAUCCAGGGUGCACCACGAGGAGGCGAACUAGCAUCACACCCCUGAGGGCAAAUAAUAAAUGUAUUUUAUGAUAAUAUAGCUCAACGUAUAUCAUACUAAUAUUAAAACAGCUUUAUUGACUACC